GGUUUUUCAUAGACGUCUUUUUCACGGAUUACGCUAUAUAUUGUUUACAUUUUACAUUAAUGCGUGAAUGUGUAUAUAUGUAUGUGUAAUAUAUACGUAUGUAUAUGUAUAUAUAUCGCGAUCGAGAUUCGAGAUGUUUAUAUUCGAGAUUUUCAUCCGCCCUUGGCGCCGACUUCUGACAGCGCCAACUUCACAUUACUCCGAUAAUCCGCUCGCAGUACGGGCGUUUCUCUUUUUUUCCUCUCUCUUUCUCACACACAGUGGAAAUCUCGAUAAGAAGAACUCGGAUAGUUUUCUUCCACCGAUCUGUUUAAAUGUGAUCACGAGAGGGAAAGUUUCGCUGCUUUCUCCGUAUAUUUGAGCGCGAGCACGAAUUGCUCGACAUGGAUCCGUCAGAUGGUAUAGACAAAUCAUGGGAUCACCCCUGGACUACGGAAGAGAUGAGAAAGAGGAGGAGGGAGUGGAGUCUGGCAGGUGACGUUGGACUUCUCAAGCAUCUUCAACAAUUUUCUGAGAAUCUGAUGUCUAGAGCGAACAAAACUCAAGCUGCUUUAGACACAUUAACGACACAAUUAAAGGAGACAGGAAUAUUAGUGGAUAAUAUUACUAAUACAUCCCUGGCUUUAGCCAAUACUCAAUUUAUUGAAAGUCGUGUUCAAGAAGAUGACAUAGAAAUUAAGGAAAAUUCUGAGAAACAAGAAAAUGCAAAGACUCAAGAUUUAGUACCAGAGAAUCUCCUAGCCAGUAUAAGCGAGAGUGUUAAACAAGGCUUAAACAUAAUGGAUGAAAAGUACAAAGUAAUGGAUGUAGCUUGUAGCGACAGCGAAGAGGAAGAUGAAGGUGGCGCAGUAGUAUUCAGCGUCAUUGUUGGGCCUAAUGAUCCUUAUCAAGAUCGGCCCCUGCCAUACAUUAUUGGUUCCGACAAAUGGACGGCGUCAAAUAAAAUAGGUCUGGAGAGCAGCAGCAGCGAAUCCGAACAAGCCGACGAAGAAAGGGAAGACUCGGAAAGCGAGAAAGAGGAUGCGAGUGUACAAAAGAUGUUUAACAGUCGACAUAAUCCGGAUAUAAAUAUAGCGAGAUUAUCAUCGUCCUCUAGCGAUUCGGACAACUAUAAUGAUUCAAAUAAUGUACCUUACAUGAAUAAUAAGGCGGAUACGAUUUCUCAGAAUAAUAUAAAUUCCGCUUCGGAAUCUGUUACACCUAACAAUGUAUCAAAGACGUCGAGCGAAACGGAGCCCAAUUUCGCAGAAGAGUUAGCCAAACGAUUAGGCACCGUUCGCCAAACGCAGAAACCUAUCGUUGUAGAUGAUUCCAGUGAAUCGUCGAUCAAUCGAUAUAAAGAUGAUUUAUUCACAUCGGAGAAGGAUGAAGAUGUAUUUAACGAUAGUUCAGAUAAUUUAUUCAGCGACAAGAAGGGUCUUUUCGAUGAUGAAGUGUCCGCAAACCUGUGGAAAGAGAAAUCACUCAAAUCUUACAAGAGUAACAAUAUUAUACCACCCAGUAUCGACGUACCACCACCGAUUAAUAUAAUUUCAACGAAACCAAAAUCGUCGAUCGACGAUCUAUUUGCCGAUGCGGAUUCAGACGAAGACUCGGAUAUCUUCUCAUCGGGGAACAUCGUCAAGAAACGCACGAAAGAACCCAUCAUCGACGAUAAUAAUCGUCCCGCACCGAAAGAAUUUUUGAACGUCGUAGGUGCUUCCGGUAAUAUCGCCACCAGUACACCGGAAUCCAAUGUCAACGUCCCGAAUCUGUUCAACGAUGAUGAAAACGACGAUGCGAAUUUAUUCGGAAAUCCCAAGAAGCAAUCUUAUAAAGCUGCAGUUACGCCAUCCUCCACAAAUACAACUCAACAGGAGCCGAAUAAAAAGAAAUUGGCGGGAAGGGUGUCGGUACUGGGCAGCGUUCCAGCAUCGGACAUCGAGGGCAAAUUGUCGAGUCGGAUAAUGCAACGACGACAGGAAUCAUCCGAGUCGUCGUCCGAUAGCGACUCGCCAGGAAAUUCUGAUAACGCGACAAGGAGCAGCGCUGAGAGAGGCACUUCGAACGAUACUACUUCGUUUGUAAGCCACAGUUUGCAGAUCACACCGGCCACUAAUUCAACAGUGAACGUAUCUGCGAUCGGAAACACCAACAGCAGCGGGAUAGCAUCGUCUAGCAUCGAGAACCUGAAUGGAUCCAGUUUGUGGAUGAACUUGCAGCCGGAGAUGACCUCGACGAGGCUCAAAUCCGAGGAGAUCUAUCGCGAACGUGUCACCAGCGACAGCCUUUUCGCAGCGCAGACGCUUCAUCCCGGCAACCCGGCGAACACCAACAGCAACAACCAGCAGCAACAAUCGCGAGACUCCUCUCGACAGGAUAGCUCGUUGCCUCAGGACGACGUAUUCGAGAACGACGAUCUCUUCGGGCCGCCGCCGUUGCCAAGCAAAUCAGAUACGAGGCGAACCCCGAAGUCAAAGGUCUCCUCGCUCUUUGACGAUUCCGAUUCCGGCGACGAGCUCUUUUCCGCCGCGAGCUCCGGUUCCAGGUCGCAGAAGAGCACGGAGCACUUCCUCACCUCGGUCUCGUCCAGCGACAGGACCAAGACAGCAACUAGCAGUGGCCUGUUUGAAGACGACGACAUAUUCGGCGGCAAGGACGCUCCAGACGUCGAUAUAUUUGGCGUGGCAUCGAAAUCAAAAGAAAAUUCGGCUUCGAACAAUCUGUUCGAUAAUAGUGAACAAUAUUCAGUAACGUCGAAGAGCAAUAACGCCGAUAAUUCCCAAAACACGAAGAUGGAGUCGAAGAGGAUCAGUCUUUUCGACGACGACGACGGCGACGAUGGUGACUUGUUCGCCGGCGCGAAGCUAACGAAGCCGAAGAGCGACCGUAAGACUGAUGUUCUUUUCGAGGACGAGGAUGAUUUGUUCGCCUCGAACAAGGCGAGCGAUAAGAAACGCUCGCAAGAGAAAGGCGCACAGUUGAGCCCAAAGCUCGAUAUCUCCAAAAAUGUUUCUACUCUGGAAGCUGAAAAGAAGAGCAAAGACGAUUCUUCGGAUAAUACGGAUGGGCUAUUUUCAAAAGCGACGAAAACCCGUAGCCUUCUGUUCGAGAACGAUGAUUACGACGAUCUGUUCGGCAAAAAGGAUACGGUGCCGCGCGAGGACGAUCGAUCGAAGCCUGAAUUCAAAGAAGAAAUCAAGAAAGACCUCGUCGAGAAGGUGCAGGAACUUCCUGAGCAAAAUAAAGAUUCUUCAAGUUUAAAUCGUGACAUCAAGACUAUUACUACGGAAUCUAAAGACGACAAAGCCGCAAAGAGUGAUGUAAAUGAGGCAAAGAAUAAAACGUCGUCUGGUAUCGUAACUGAUGUCGAAACAUCAUCCAAGGUUGAAGAAGAGGUCAGGACAAAGAAAAGUUCGCCGCCGAAGACACUGAACAUUCGAACGACUUCUUCGCCGCCGUCCGAGGAACAAAAUGGUCAACAAGUUCCCCAAAUGGUGUCUGGUAAAAUAAAGAAUCUAAUGGGGAAGAUGGGUGACUUGAAGAUACUGUCGCCGAUGGAUGCACCACCCUUGUGGAAAAGCGAGGACAAGGCGGAUGAGGAUGAAGAUAUCGUGGAUAAAGACAGGGAUGGAGAUCAAGGCACCGGAUAUAUUUCGCCUCCUAGUGUAUCAGAAGGUAGCGCGCGCAAAGAAUCUUCUUAUUCGACAACAAUCUCCACCGUCAGCAAUGUGGAAGUGUCUAUAAACUUUGACGAUCUAGCUCAAGUAGAAACUUUAUCUACUACGGCAUCCAAGAGCCGAGUAAGGAUUCAAGCAAAACGCCGUCCUCAGAGCCGACAUGCCCGGAAGUCUGCACUGCGACACAGUGGCAUCGAUUUCGACACGGUCGAUAGUGCGGACAACGACAACUCCUUGGACGAUAGUCACACCAGUACCAUCUCGUCUACCAAAGACUCGUCCGCUGCGCCGGCAAUCAGUGCAACUGAUCGUUUAUCUGCCAGUAACGCUCAGCGUUCGACGGUCGAUCCUUCUUCAACAGACGACAAGUCCGAGCUGGGUAGCAUCAGCAAGGAGAGCUCGAUGAGCGUUAACAAGAACACUCUAUUGUCGCCGUCCACCGACGAAGAAGAUCUGUUUGAUGUCCCGCCAGAUCUGCCGGAGGAUCCGCAGAGGGAGGAUACAUUGUUCGGUAGGGCGCCGAUACUUUCGCCGAUUGACGACGGACAAUCUGACAGAACACCCGUCGCUGUCAAACCUCUAAUAGAUACCGUGAUUAGAAGGAUCGACGAUGUUGACGUCGAUAUGAACGCGGCGAGCAACAAAAGUCUUAAAGAUUCUAGCGAAUUAGCGCGAUCGGAUGUCGAUACCAAAUCGGAUACUUUGAAGGACACCAAAAAGAGAGAUGAUAAAGGUACAAUCCACGAAGAGCGAGGUGAAGCGAGUAGAGGGUCCAGUGAAGAGCCAAGCGAUCCUCUGCGCGACAGCAGCCAUGAUCCACUGAAGGAUCCUAGUCAAUUGUUCGCGUUCGUCACGAAGACACCGUCGCCGGAGAAGAGCAAAGGACUGCUGUUCUCCGAGUCGGACGACAGUCUGUUCUCUAGUGGCGCGGCAAAAAAAUCUAGCGAGUCGAGGAAGAAAGAGAUCCUGGAUCUAUUCGCGGAGGACGACGCGGGUGGCGAUCUGUUUUCCGCGGCGCCGUUGAAGAAAACACUGAAGAAGCCACUACGGGACACGAAGAUCGGUCUCUUCGGCGACGACGAUGACGUUCACAACGAGGACGACAGUCUUUUCGGUAAUGCGUCCGGCAAAACGAAGCAGGACAGUCAGAAAUCAAAUCCUGCUCAAGCUGGACGGAAGAAGAAUAACCUUUUCGACGACGACGACGACGACGAGUCCAGUCUGUUUGUCGAGUCGUCCGGUCAGUCGCAGAAAUCGGACAGCAUAUCGUUCUCGGAGCCCAAACACGACCUCGUCGAUUCCCAAGCUAAGAGUUCGAACUUGAAGAAUAUCUUCGGUGACGCGGCCUUUCCUCGUGGAGAAAAGAUCGACGACGACGACGACGACGAUCUUUUCGCCGCAAGAAAAGUUGUUCCUAAGAAAGUCGCCGCGCCGUCUAAGUCUCUGUUUGCGUCAGAUGACGAGGACGACGACGACGACGGCCAUAUCUUCAAAAAACAGUCGUUUACGUCGACAGACUCAAAGAUGAUUACGACGACCUCAAGUUCAAGACUGACUAUGAAGAAGUCGGUCACCAGGGACCUGAAAAAAACGGCUGAAAAGAUCGUCGAGGAUCCGCUGAGUCUACUCCAAGAUGACUAAAUUGGUUUCCUCGAGAUAAGUACCCGUGAGAUUUCCUAUAUGUUGAGCCACAAAAGUUUAUACAUCUAGGAAAGUAAAGCUUAAUAAAAUACGAAACUUGAACAAAGAGCUUGCAAAUCUCUUGUUCUCAUUAGCAUCUUGGAACGCUCUGUAUAACUAACUGAAUGCAAUUAGCCUCUAUAAUUAAUAAUGUGAUAAUUUGAUUGAUUUGAUAAAUUCGAAAUUAGAAACAUAUAUAUAACGUUUAAUUAUUUUUUUUAAAUAUUGUGUUUGUUUUAAUUCGUGAAAUGCAUUUUAAUACACCAGAUAGACUUUUCAAAUCAUGUAAAUCGUAUGUUUUAUCAAACGUGUGACAAAUAAUUAAAGAGGAUAACUGCUUUGAAGAAAUGCACUUAAAAAUUAAUUCUAAAAUGCUAUUAGUUAUACAGAGUUCCGAGAUUAAAAACUAAUCAGAACAAGAGAUAGCUCUUUGUCCGAUUUUAUUAUUAAUCCUUCCUUCAAUUAAUAAAAUGCGCAUGCAAUUUAAUACACCAAAUAGACUUUUGUGGCUUAGACAUGUACAUAUACGUAUAUAUAUUUUUUUUAUUUAUAUUUUGUUACGUCAAAGUUGUUCUAUAAUAUAAAGAAUCCUAUAUCGAUAAAAUGGGUAGCGUGCAAUUCGCGAGAAAUAGAAAAUUUUGUGUUUAAUCGCUCUCGCUUGUAUUUAUUAUUUCGCUCACCAGAUCUGAAAUCUCUUUAUUUUCUUCUUCUUUUUUUUACAUAUAUAUAUGUGCCACAUUAAAAAUCGUCUUAUUCGCUUGCGCGACGAAGAUUGCAAUAAAAUGCGCAAUUAUUUCAAUUCUCAACGUUUAUUCGAUACACAACGAAUAUAUGAUUAGUUUACACUCGUAUCGUAACUAAGUGAAAGAACGCACCUUAUUCGUGCAAUAGAUGUAUAUUUUUCUCUCUACCAUCGUCCUUCCUCAUCCUCAUGAAUAUAUUCGCCUCGCGCGCGCUUGUGAUUUACGUCAUGUAUAUAUCAUCUCGAUGAAGUCAUUAGUACAAUAAAAUUUAUCCAAUGACCUCUCGUAUAAAUCCAGUGAUCCUUUUACUCCUAGAUAAUAAUACCGAUUCUAAAUAUCGUGUAUAACUCGAAACCUUCUGCAAUACAAUUUUAAGAAAAAUUUAUUAAAAUAAAUGUAAAUAUAAAUUUUACGUAAAAAAAACCUUGGAGAUUAUUAAUGAUUUAAUUGAAAAACAUCAAUCACUGUGUAUGCGUUGUGUGCGAAACAGAAUAUUUGUUAAACGUACACGUUUUUGUCCAAAAAGAAACAUAUUUUAUAUAUAUAAUAUAUUUCGAAAGAAAACUUAUGUUACGUUUGCUAAUGUCAUUAUACGCUUAAACAUCGUCAUUAAAGAAUUACGCAAUUAA